GCAGCACACGUGCAACUUCCAGGGCGGCCGGAGUUGGACUGGCGACGGCGACGGAGACUGGAGUGACCCUGUUGCUAUUCGCAGGCAGCGGCGAGGGGGUGGAGCCAGGGAAGGUUCGAGACACAUUAUAGGGAAGGGAUUACUUCUAUUUAGCGUUUUUGAUUAUUUUUACUAAUUUUUUCCAUACACGUUUAUUAAGAUGCCGGAAAAGAUAACAUCCACAAGUUCAUCACACAGGUGUUGAGAUCGAUUUUUACGAUAAAUUUGAAAGUAUUUUAAACAAUAUGAAUAACGUUAGCUAAAACAGAUAAUAGCAGAAAAAAGUAUCUUUUCUCUCUUUAUGAAUACUAUUAAGAGCGACCAAUUAAUGAAAUUUUCCAUCUAAUUAACUAGUGAAUGUGGAAAAAAGUUCUGAUUGAAACUUAUCGACAGAUGAAGGCAGUCGGUUACAACCGAGGAGCAUUUAUCUGUGAAUUAUCUAUUUCCCGCGACUUCCCUCGUCACAGAUACAUACAUUUUCUAGAGUCCCGAAAGCGGUUACCUAUUUAUUUAUAUUGCACCGCAUCCGUUUCAAUAAUAACUUUUAUAUAAAAAUUUUCAUCCUCACUUUGGACCUUUUGGAUUUUUUUAGAUAAAGGAAAAUGUCCAAAAAUCUCACGUCUCUAGGCGCUGUAUUUUGUUAUUGUGAAAAAUUUCUAGAUACGAACUUUCAUCCCCUCAUUUUAAAAUCGUUACACAAAAAUAAAAACUGAAAGAUGUUAGUGAUCCUUGCAUGAGUUGAACCAUCAGUUAUUUACAUUAAAAAUGUCAAAAGACUAACAUUUAAUGCAGAGCGCAAGCAAAAAACUUCAACGAACCCGAUGUAAUAUUUUAUUUUACUUUUUAGAUUUAUCAGAACGCUAUCUUUGUUUGGCGUUCCAGGAAUACCUUGCAAAAGUUUUUAAUAAAAAUCCUGUUCGGAGCAUGAACGCAUAAGUGACAAACUUUGAUUUUUAUUUAUAUAAAAAAAGUAACAAAUGUAGAAAAAAUAUACCUCAACAUAACUGAUUUGAUUUGUGACACUUUUAGGUGUUUUUCAGAAAUCAUUGAUUUAUGAAAACUGACCGCAAAAUAGCUUGUGAGCUGUUAUUCGACACAUUCAGGAGGGUUCGAAGGAGUGGUUAUGUACUAAUUAAAGAAGAUCGAGUAUAUAAAUGCGUGUAGCUGUUACAGUUUGCAAUAAAUACUUCGGCAGUUGUACAUCAUGGGAUCUCUGGUUCGCUGGGCUGUUGUUGCUAUCGUGAUAUACAGCGUCUCUCUUGCGGUGUGUGAAGUCGAGUUGUCUCAUCCCUCAUCACCUCACCCCAAAGAUAUGUACGUGGUUCGCGCUACAGUCUAUCAAGUUGGUAUCAUAACCAACAAAACUGAUCACAAAACAGACAAACAACAAGGCCAUCAAGAGUCCAUCACAUUUUACAACCGCAAUGGAUCCGGCAUUGAUCUGAGUGGUAUAAGCAACCCACUUGUAACCAACGUAACAGCUCAAAGUAUUGUUGGAUUGUCGCCUGUGGAUAAUGUCAAUCAGACACGAGUUUUACCAUGGAAUGCUCUAGAAAAGCUGGCUUCUACGCAAACUACAAACACUUCUGAUGAGCAGCAACCUUCCAAACAGCUGUGGAGGUCCAGACGUGAAGUGAGGGAGCUUCCAGCAACAUUGGUGAAGGGGGCUGCUGUGCUUCCCCCCGCGAGUGGCAUACAGUCCCUGUCCCUCCCCCCUCUUAUUGCUUUAAACAACAAUCUCUCCCAUAUCCCAGUACCGAUUCCAAACACCUCUAUAGUACGUUACGCUAAAAUAAAUACUUUACUAAAAACAAAUUAAAUGUACCAUUAGUA